AACACUCAGGCGCAGAGGCUCAAGGGCUUGCUGAGCGAAGCCUAGCUAGUUCCGUGCAUUUCCUGCUUUCUGACCGGCCGUCUGGCAGGCAGACGCAAUGACUUUAUGGACGCUGCUACAAGCUGGGCUACUAGUGAUUAAUGGCGUCGCAAUCCUCAAUAACGAGCGCUUCCUGGAGAAGCGGGGAUUCGGCUUUUCGCAAAUGCGGGAGUCCAACUCGUUGAAGAUGUCAGUAAUCGGCGGCAUACACGCGGUGCACUACUUCAGAGGUGUGCUGGUGCCCAUCAACGCACUGGUCAUUCUCGUCAAGCUCAUAUUUGGGUGAGGGCGGACAUGCCGGUCCUGUCAACAACUGCAAACGAAUGAGCGCAUCUUGCCGCACAGCGGCACAACCAUGAAAGACUGCGAGGCAGGGGCGGCAGGGCCUGUUGGCAAGCGGUUGGCUGACCCAGUAUGGCUAUGGCUGUGCACGGUGCCUGCCGCCUGCGCCAGGAUGGCAGACAGCCAACACGGCUACUGCAUCGUGUGUAUUGACUUGUUUGGGUGGAUGUGCAGCAGCAGGCAGUUGCUCGCCUGGUCACGUGUAGUCCACGCAGCGGGCAGCGCGUUUGCUGAUUGUCACUACUUGGGCAAGAGCAUGUGUCGCAGCGUCAAUGUGAUGGACACAGACGGCAGGGGCCUUGCCGCGGUGCGGGGCCUGUAAGCAAGGAUGAGGCUGGGAGGCCCUGAGCUUGGCCCUGAGCAGUACGUGACGAGGCAUUGCAGGCGCCUAGGCGGCAUGGUACUAGUGGCGGGGAUCUGCUCUGGGCGUACCUGCAGCAGUUGCGUUGGCCAGCCCUGUGUGUCAGGUGGGGCGAAAUGCACAGGCGGCAGCAGGCUUUUGGCCACAUGCUGCUGGGACUCCAUCGGCAGCGGCGUGAGGAGCCUGCGCUUGGAUGGUUCAUUGGCGCAUGGUGGGAAGGGAAGCGAGGGGACAUAUGGGCUGCACACACGCCGGCUGCGGAGUUGCGUGACUGCUACACCGGUGGCGUGGGGCGUUCUCGGGCCAGGAGCGACUGCACGUGAGUGCCUGUGUCAGUGCGCGUGGGCGGGGGCUGCUGAGUGGCUGGCAUGACGAUGGUGCCGUGGCGUGCGACUGUCCUAGGCGGUCGAUGCACGGCGGUGAGACCGCGGCGGUGUGUAUGGGUGGGGCGGAGCAGGCGCGGAGCGGAGGUGCUGUGGGCACCUGUGGCAGAGCCGUGUGCUGCGUGUGGCAUAUGGAUCACACGAGCCAUGCAGGCCCGGCACGGUGUUGGAUGU